GUGUGUGUGUGUGCAUGCGUGCGUGUGUGUGUGUGCAGAGAGAAUCCUGGGAGGGGAGUUUCUGUCAGUAACUCAGGGAUAAAUAGAGAGGCAGAGCUCAGAGUUUGCCAGAAGGCGGACCUGACAGGGUCACACACAGGACCAAGCAGGAGCAGGACCUCAGCAUUUUUACUUUUUAUUACAAAUGGAGAAACAUGAAGAUGUUCAAUACUGUUUUCAGGACAGAAACUCUUCUUGCAGAAAGGCUUUGCUGUCGACAUCUAUCUACAUAACACUGUACAUCUUCUUCUCAUUGAUUUCAGCAGUUACAGUAUUUUUGAACCUACUGGUGAUCAUCUCCAUCUCUCACUUCAAGCAGCUCCACACUCCAACCAACCUGCUUCUCCUCUCUCUGGCUGUGUCAGAUCUCCUGGUGGGACUGAUUGUGAUACCAGUAAUGACUGUAGCAAUAAUGGAACCAUGCUGGGGUUUUGGGAAAUAUUUCUGUGUGUUUCCGAUCUACAUUGCUUGUUUAUGUACUUCUUUAUCUCUGGGCAAUUUGGUCUUGAUAUCUAUUGACCGCUAUGUUGCUGUGUGUGAUCCCUUAUUGUACCACUCUAAAAUAACAACAACGAGAAUCAUGUGUUGUAUUUCCAUUACCUGGUGUUGUUGUAUCAUAUACCGUGCUGCUAAUAUUACAUACUUUGUAAAUGUACAGGUACCAAGUAGGUGUUUGAAAGAAUGUACUACUGUUGAAGGGUCAAUCUGGGUUAAUUUCACUGAUCUUGUAAUUACAAUGGUUGUCCCGUGCUCUGUUAUUAUAACACUUUAUUUGAAAAUCUUUGUGGUGGCCAGAUCACAGGCCAGAAAGGUAUUUUCAAAAGAGGCUGCUAGUGUCUCUGGUGUUAAAACUGUACAGGCAAAUAAGUCUGAGAGAAAAGCAGCAAAAACUCUAGCUAUUGUCAUUUUCAACUAUCUCCUUUGUUGGAUUCCAUCUCUAUUUGUUUUCUAUUUUUUUUCUUUUUUACGUGAUCAUUUAUUAUCAUAUUUCAUCAGUUUUCUGUCAUUUGUUAAUUCCUUAAUUAAUCCAAUCAUUUAUGCUUUCCUUUAUCCAUGGUUUAAAGUGACAACUAAACUUAUUUUAACUUUGAAGAUAAGAGGUUCAUAGUUCUUAUAAUUUUAUUCCUUAGUUCGGCAAACAUCGGUUUGAUGUGGUUUUGUUCUACAAUUGUUGUAAUUAUUUCAUGUAACAACAUAUCGACAUUUCUGAUCUCAGUGUUGUCAUGAUAGAUACAUGUGGUGUUGAUACAGAAUGAUUUGUCUGGAUUGUAUUGGAAUGACUUGGAGAAGGCAUAAGCUUGUUUUAUAAAAUACAUUGUAGUCAUUGUGGAUUGUGUACUCCAAAUACCUAAGGCUGUGGUUGU